AUGAGUGACAAUGGGAAUGAUCAUUUUGGGGAUGUUACAGAUGUUUCUCCACUUGCUGGCAUGGAUGGUUUGUUGGGUGUCUCUGCUUAUGAUGCUGACAAGAACUGCACGUGCCUCUUCGUAUCAUCAAAAGCAACCCCUUAUCAAUCUAUUCCAACAAUGGUUGGCUCAAUGAUUUCCAUUAGGAUCAAGAACAGGAAAUUCUACCAAAAUCAGUAUGCCUUCUGCAACCAGCUUUUAACAGCCCCGGCUACUCCUCUUUUCCCUUCACUGGAAUCUGAAUCACAUAAAAUAUUCAUGAAUCAGAAUGGAGAUUCUAAAGAUCAUCAUCCAAAUGCACCAAAAUUUAGAGUAAGAACCACUAUUAAUGAAGCUUUUAGGUGUUGGUGUCAAGCUUGUUGGCAAUACAGUGUGGAGUACCCUCUUUCAUCAAUUCUUAAUAGUGAUGUCACUAAUAAUCCUUCUGAGGGGGUGUUUGUUGGGCUGCUUCUUCCAAUGUCAUUAACAACAGUGGUUUUGAAGUUUUUGAUGGAAAAGAAUAGUGUUAAUGCUCUUCAUAGAAAAUUGAUGUGUCCAUGUUUUGCCCCUACAUCUAUCCAUCACAACCUAGGGGGUGGUGGUCACAAUCUUCAUGUUCGUGAAGAGGCACCAAGCAACAAAGAAGUUGUGUGGUCAGUCGUUAAGAAGACGACGAUGUUUCAUGCCGUGAAAGGCUUCCACACCUACACAAUGGGGCUCGGGUGA